AUGCUUAAUAUUGCAGUGAUGGAGCAAGAGUUAAAGUGUCCUUUAUGUCGAGGGUUACUGGUCGACCCCAUACUGUUACAGUGUUCUCACAGUUACUGUAGAGAAUGCGCGAUGAAAGCGCUUCAGAAGACGACUUCUGCUGUCUCUCCACCUUGUUCUAGCAGUUCUGGUAAGUUUUUAGGUAUAAAUAAAAUUUAAACGGUGUUUUCUUCUUACGAUUUUGUUUUUGAAUUGUUUAACUUUUUCUAUUUUAUGCUUUUUUACUCAGUUUUUGAUGUUUCUUACCUAAAAUUUACGUUCUCAAUCUUUUCAGCCAGUGAUACGGCCUCAAUUUGCAUAUCAGACCCUGACCAGGAGUGCGAUAAGUUGAGUAUGGUGAGCGAGACCGACUCCGGUGUUUGUAUAUACAACAAUGGCGCAAAUGGCAACUCUAGCAAAGGUAAUAAACGGGUAUUCUCAGGUCACCUUAGAAGCCUUAUCGCUGUCGCUCAUCGCAAACAUUCUAAAAUGUUUUUUCAGGCUCAAGGCCAAGCAGUUUUUUGGGGUCGCUUCCGAGUUCUUCUACGCCAUCGUCACGGCUACACUCAUUAAUAACACCGCUCACGACCGGACAUACCAUCGUAUGUGAUAAAUGUCAGAAGACAUCGUUCUUCGCCGACGAGUCGGCUGUCACUAAUCAGGCCGCGAAUCUGGCCAUAAAACGACUGGUUGAUAGGUUCAGAAAGACACAGCUGACUAACAGUGAUACAGUAGGGUCUAAUACAGUAGCUGCACCAUCGUGCUGUCAGUGGUGUGAGGAUGGGAAGCAGAAUGAAGCUACUUUAUAUUGUGAACCGUGUGGCUACUUCUACUGUGUAGAUUGUCAGCCAGUCAUUCAUCCUCCCAGGGGUCCCUUGAAGGACCACAAGUUUGUCGCGGCCGAUAGUAUUGUCAAGAAGUAAGUUUUGUUUCAGUAUGAUAGACGUAUGUUUUUUGAACUAACCGGCUAUUCAAAGUUCUGAUAUCAAGACAUGAAUAUCUUUAUCAAAAAGUUUGUCGAGAAUUAAAGACUAACACAAGAAGAAUACAGCUCGAAUUUCAUUAAAAUUUUAUAGAAAAGUGUUGGCACAGCACGAGCCCGUGGAAGAGCACCGAUGUGACAGUCAUCCGGACGAAGUGCUGACAAUGUACUGUUCGACAUGUAGCGUGUCAUUGUGUUGUCAGUGUAUUCAGGCAUCGCGUCAUCUGACGCAUCAAGUCCAGUCUCUCGCGACUACAGUAAAGACCAAAAAGGUAAGACAAAAGUUGGAAAAAAGUUGGAGGGAAAUGCCGCGCAUAAGUUAUGGGGUUUACUGUAUACCGAGGUUUAAUAUUUUACGGUUUAUGUUGUGACAGUUUUAUACAAAAGUUGGUUGAGGGAGCUGAAUUGCAUAUUAAAGUAGCUAUUGGAUUUCAUUUCAGAUUUAAAAUUGAAUUAAAAAGUUUAAACAGUGAAUAGUAAUAGGCUCAGUUAAGUAUAUUAUACUCAAGAUGAAGUAGUUAUUCCAAAUUGAUUUUUAUGUAAAUUUACGUCUUUCAAAUCUCAGGAGAAUCCUUUUUUCAUUAAAGUACUCUCAUUAAGGACGAGCGUUGUAAUUGCAUCAGCCUCUGCCGAAAGGCGUUCCUUCCAGGCGGAUGGUUUCUUUAAUUAAGCUCAAAUAUGGUGGCAGAUUAGAGGGUGCGCGAAAGCCGAUCUUGAUUUGACACUUGACCGGUCGAAUAGCUGAUUUGUCACUCUUUGCUAAAUGAAGGCCAGCCAUUAGAUUAAAGCCUUGCUUUGACACUUUUCCGAUCAAACUUCUAUGUUAAUAUAGCGCAGUCAAAUGCAAUGUAUAAAAUUAAAAUUUUGAGUUAUUUCGACCUGUCGAAUGUGAUUCUGGACUAUAAUAUCACAUAUAAGGUUAUGGUUGACGCGUUCUCUUAGCCGAAUGCUCACAUUGACACUUCAGACCGGUCGAUGUGUCACCGCUGACCAUGCCUGCCCAUCCAUUACUCUUUGAUAGGCUAAUUCGGGACAGCCCGUUGACAGAUCCUCAGCUGGGCCAAAGACAAAACGGCGCGGAAUCAAUUAAGCCUUUCACAUGCAUUUAUUUUUUGCGCCAAAUGUUUUUGCUCACCACGAAACCUGACACCUGCAGCUUCCCGCAGGUGUAAUCCAAGAACAUGUCGCUACUACCUGCGGGGGGUUGUCUGACCUGACCCUUUAAUACCAUUAAUGAAUGUUUUGACGUUUUAAGAAUCAAACUAUGAUUGAUGUGACUUUUUGUCACUAUACUACUGUCUUUAUGAAUCUUUGGUACUGUAAUCCCUUGAAUCUUUGAUCCUUUAAUAGACAGUAACCUCAUGACAUCUUAUGAGCUUUGACACUACAAUAUUAUAAUUAUAUGACCCCAUAAUAAUAUUAGAAAGAUGUUAUCGUUGAGGUCGCCAGGCUUACCGCAGGGAUUAGGAGCAGAAGUCGUAUUCGAUAUCGAGCUGGCAUUAGAUCUGACUUUGAGUAACAACUUGCAUAAUCAUUAGCAGACUGCCAUUUCUAAAAUAUGAUUCUUUGUCUUUCGACUGCAAACUAACGAUAAUGGUUGUUUUGGCAUAAAAAACAUCUUGGAAGAGUUAUAUCUUGUUCGAGCUGCAAAUUGGGGCAGAUUUAGUAUAUUUUAGGUAACAUCUAUCUAAAAAUAGUGUUGAAACCACAGUAAUCUUAAUGAUGAGUAUUCAUUUCGAGACAUUUAUGUGCAAAUCAGAUUUCUUUGGAUGAAUUAUGCAAAAUUCCGACACGUCUAAUGCAUUCUCUCUCAUCCCCAAAUCCUCUGCCGGCACGCAGCCAAGGUCGAGGCAAAAACGGCAUAUUGUUCUUGUUGCCUGAAGCAAGAAGACGGAGUCGGUGGAGCGUGCGAUUCUGGAAUGGACAGAUUUAAUUGGGAUCACGGGCGCAAUUGUGCGGACCAUAAUUGCACUGCUUUUCGCGCGCUUUCCCUGCGGGCAUGUCAUUGUUUGACGAGACAAUCGGGUGACAUAGCCAAGUCAUAAUCAAGACUUGUCGCGGCUCUAAGGCUUGUCGCGACUCUAAGGCUUGUCGCGACUCUAAGGCUUGUCCUGUUUUCAGGGCUUCUAUUAAGCCUUAUAACAAGGCUUGUCGCAUAAUCAAGUCAUGUCCAAUCAUUCUGUUCUUAAUCCGGAAAUCCGAUUCCGCUGAUCGGCAGCUGUCCAUCGCUCAUUGUGUCCGGCCAAUUUGUUCGGAAUGACAUAAUACCACCACGAGAUACGACCGCGCGGCCUUCUGUUUGUUAUCCGCGCUUCUCGGGUUUACUAUGGCUUCAGGUGGCGGCUAGCCGCUUUGAUCCUGACGGCCAUAAACCUCGGAGGCCGCGGCCACAACACCCAAUUAAACGGGCAUAUCUUGUUAAUAAAGCUGUACACAUCGGAUUAAUACGACAUAAGACACCUGUCACUUUAAAUUAAUUCAAAAAAGUUUUUAAAAAAUGUGUUUCGGCUGGGUUACGGUAUUGAAAGGGGUUUUUUGGUUUAGGAUAGGGAAAUAUAUUGUUAUUGGACAGUUUUCUUAUGUGAGGUUGAAAAAAGCAAACACAUAAACAGUAAAAUAACAUAAAGAAGUAUAACAUAAACAACAUAUUAAACUUUUUAAUUUGGUCAAAAAGUAAAUAGAAAAAUUUAAAAUUGAUUAAAAUAAAGAAACCUUGAGACAAAAGGCAUCAAACCAAAUUACAAUUGUAAAAAACAGUUUUUAUAAAAGAACUUUACAGAGUGAACUAUCGAGAGUCUUACAAGAACUGUCAGAGAAGGCCAAGAAGGCAUCAGAAGACAUUAACAUCAUGAGACGGCUACACCAAGUUGUAGAUGUAAGUAUAAUAGUUUUUCUCACAGACUUGUACAGUUUACUAUCAUUGCCCAACAUAAAAGUUAACAUUAUGUAAAAUUGAGUUUUUUGCAUAUUAUGUUAUUUUAGCACCAUAUUUCAAUCAUUUUUUACAGAGUAACUGCCUGGAAUUCCAAACCGGCUUGAACGUCCAAAUCGACCUGUUGAUUCAAAGCCUGGAAGAGCGACGCGCCAAAUUAUUAGAAUUCGUGACAAUGGAAAAGGAACGGAAACAUCGAACUCUGAAAGAACAAGUGGCCAAAUGUGUUGGCCAUCUCAACAAUACCACGGCCUUGAUUCAGUUCUGCAUCGAGGUGCUGAAAGAGCCGGACCCCAUCGCCUAUUUGCAUGUAAUUACUUUAAUUGCCGGGUUAUUGUAGGCGCGAAUUCAAAUUUGAAAGUGUUUUAGGGUCACAAUGACAUAUGGUAUAUAGGAUAUUAACAUAGAUAACUUAAGAUUUAUAUUAAAGUAAAUUAGUCAAGAAAGCCUAAACAUUUAUUACAGAUAGAUCAUGCUCUAUAUCAUCGAGCUACAGAAGUGGACUUUCUAUGGAGUAAAAACAUGUCGACCAAACCUGAAGUAAACACAGAAUUUGUGUAUAAUAUUGAUCUGAAGCAAGUUCAAACUACUAUUCAAUCUGUGGAGUUUGUUCAAUUACAAGGUAAGUCUGAGGAUUACUUAACUUUAUAUUAUUCAUACAGGCUUAAUGCGAAGACCAUAUUCUGGGGAUAAUGAGAAAGGUAACCGGUGUAGUAGUGUGGUUGGUCUGAUGUAGUAGUACUGUAUUUUCAAAUGUUGUUUUGUGAAGGAUUUAGUUAUAAAGAAGUAAAAUCAGUACUUUGGCUAUAAUAUCUGAAAUUACGUAAUGUAUAAAAAUAAUUUUUUGUCGAUACUAGAUGUAUUUAGUAUAACAUUGUUAUCUAAAACAACCCUUUUUUGAUUUGUCAGAGCCCACUGUAUAGUCAGCACAUAAAAAAAUUAUAAUUUGCAAGCACAAUAUUGCGGGAUACUGUAGGAUUUUAAUUAAAACUGGUCGAUUUAGCGCCGCCGCGGCCGUAUUUCCUGGCUAAUGAGUGUUCGGCCGAAAACAAUUCGGUUGUUUUGACUUGGGAUUGUCCUCAGAAUGGACAAUCAGUGGACGGCUUCGUAUUGGAGUUGGACAGUGGGAAGGAUGACGGUCGCUUCAAGGAGGUCUACAGAGGGCCGGACCUAUCGUGCACAAUAGAUGGACUCCACUUCAACACCCUUUACAACGCCAGGCUGAAGGCAUUCAACGCGGCUGGAGAAAGUGGCUACAGCGAACCUAUUUGUCUACAGACGGCUCCAGGUAGGUAUUGUUUUAUUGGUAAAGUUUUGGCACUUUCAUUUUACCUACUAUUGUUUAUUGACGUCUUUUUUGAAGUAGAUCAUCUACUAUAAUGUGCAUUUUAGUUGCCUGGUUUCAACUCUGUAAAUCAGUCUCCCAGACCGACGUUACCCUAUCAAAUCAAUGUUCUACUGUAAGCGGAACCUCUCUUGACUACUCUGUCGUUCUUGGCACGGUAGCUUUCAGUCGAGGCGUUCAUUACUGGGAGAUUACGGUGGAUCGACUGGACAUCAACACUGAUAUUGUAGUAGGUGUAGCUCAACCAAGUGUGGAUCGCCACAAGAUUCUGGGCAAAGAUAUUCAUGGCUGGGCCAUGUAUCUGGACAUACGACGAUCUUGGUUCUUCCACAACGGCGAUCAUCACGGUCGCACGGAAGAGGGAGUAAACGAAGGAGAAGUUAUCGGUGUACGAUUGGAUUCUGAUCACGGGAGAUUGAGCUUUUAUCUGAAUGGAAGGGCUUUGUAUUCUGAAGACGGGUCUCCGUAUGCUUUUCAGUAAGUUAUAACGUUGAUUACAUCGUAAAGUCUUAAUUUGGUGACAAUUGCACUCUGUUUUUAUUAGUAAAAUAAUGAUCUUAUACAUGUAACUUUGUUUAUGGUACUAUUUAAGAGCUCCGUUUAUCAUUUAAGCUUAAUAUGACAAUGAUGUUGCUUUUAACAAAGUUCAUAAUUAAUGGAAUCUUUCCAGACGACUACCCCGAGGCUUAUAUUACCCAGCCUUUAGUGUGAAUAAAGGUGCCGUGGUUACUGUACAUACAGCUCGUGCUGCCCCAAUACUGGAACGCGAAGGUACACCUUCACUACGAGAGAUAUUGUAA